AUGGCAUUCGACAGGCUCUGCGCUGCUGGAUGGACAGCGUGCAUCGCCGUGCUCUCCUAUUGGGAUCUCAAAGUGCUCUACGCGCCUCGAUCUGGCGACCCAGAGGCGUGGUUCCGGUGCGCCAACGCCGCGACAUAUAACGAUGUUCUGCCCGUCGAUGGUGAAUGGGGAAAGUGGAUCAACCUCGUGUGGUGCAGAGCUGGAAGUGGAUGGGCAGAAGAGGCUUGUUGGAAGCGGAGCCGCGCAGAUGCAGCUGCACGUUCUUGUUGCGCUGGCGAGAGUCUCGCUCCUUUUCACUGCUCUAAUGCUGUUAUGGACGAGACGAGGGAGCAGGUCACGCGAUGUAUUGAGACCGCACAGCUUAUUAAGGUAGAAUAUGCAGUUGCACUUUUUAUCCACCGUCCCGAGACCCCAAGGACAGCAGCUCAACAGUUGACCUGCAGUCAAACCCUGGUCGAUCUCAGAGCCCUGAGACGAUCUUAG